AAAAAUAUCAAGGUCAAUAUGUGGUUGAGAUUAUUGAAAUUUAGUUUUGAACUGUGCCAAUUAGAACGUGGACGAUGCUCAAUGGACUUUUCUGCUCUUUCUGGCUGCGCUGACUCGUGAAGAAAAAUAAAAUAUUUCAAAAUUCAUUCACGGAACUCGUAUUCAUCUCUGCACUUGUACUGCAAAAUUUCCAGACGUGGGGGAUACUCAACGGCUGUCCGUCUCUACUAUAAACACACAACAAAUUGAAUCCCAAACCAUUUCAGUAACAGAGCUUUAACUCAAACGCCAUGGAUUUACACACUUUCCUCUACUCUUUCUUCUCCCCUCUGUUUCUUCUUUUUGCUUUCAACCUCAUCACUCGAUCUCUUCGACCUCGCAAAAACUUACCGCCGAGUCCGCCAUCUCUUCCGGUUAUUGGCCAUCUUCAUCUCUUGAAAAAGCCACUCCAUCGAAAUUUCCAGAAUCUCUCCGCCAAAUAUGGUCCUGUUAUGUCUCUCCGCCUCGGAUCUAACCUCGCUGUCGUUGUAUCUUCGUCGUCAGCGGUGGAGGAGUGUUUCACUAAAAACGAUGUCGUUCUUGCCAACCGUCCUCGUUUGCUAAUUGGAAAAUACCUCGGCUACAACUACACUACCAUGAUUGGGGCUUCAUACGGUGAUCACUGGCGGAACCUCCGCCGAAUUGGCGCCAUCGAGAUCUUCUCUUCAUCUCGAAUCAACAAAUUCGCUGAUAUCCGGAGGGAUGAAGUGAAACGAUUAGUGCGGAAACUGUCGCGCAAUUCGAUCCAUCAAUAUUCGAAAGUAGAAAUGCAAUCGGCGUUGUCGGAGAUGACGUUCAACAUCUCGAUGAGAAUGGCGGCCGGGAAGAGGUAUUACGGCGAGGACGUGACGGACAAGGAAGAGGCGAGGAGGUUCAGGGAGUUGAUUAAGGAGAUUGUGGCGGCAGGAGGAGUAUCAAAUCCAGGGGAUUUUUUCCCCAUUCUGAACUGGAUCUCGAAGGGGUUCGAGAGGAAAUUGAUUGAAUUGGGGAAGAAAGUGGAUGCGUUCUUGCAGGGGCUCAUCGAUGAUCACCGCAGGAAGAAGGAAGAAGGAAGGAACACGAUGAUCGAUCACUUGCUCUCUCUGCAGGAAUCGCAACCGGCUGUCUAUGACGAUCAAAUAAUCAAAGGAUUUAUACUGGUGUUACUGACUGCGGGGACCGACACAUCGGCCGUGACAGUUGAAUGGGCCUUGUCUCAUCUAUUGAACAAUCCUGAAGUGUUAAAGAAGGCAAAAGACGAAAUAGACACUCAAAUUGGACAAGAACGCCUCGUUGAAGAACCGGACGUGUCCAAACUACCAUAUCUUCAAGGAAUCAUCUCUGAAACUCUGCGGCUGACUCCCGCAGCUCCGAUGUUGUUGCCCCAUUAUGCAGCCAAUGACUGCACAAUAUGUGGAUACGACGUGCCACGUGACACGAUGCUACUAGUCAAUGCAUGGGCCAUACAUAGGGAUCCAAACGAAUGGGAGGAUCCCUUAAGUUUCAAACCCGAGAGAUACGAAAAGUCAGAAGUCGAGGUACACAAGCUGUUGUCCUUCGGAGUAGGAAGGCGAGCUUGUCCUGGGUCUGCCAUGGCGCAUAGGAUAAUGGGUCUAACUUUGGGGGCUCUGAUUCAGUGCUUCGAGUGGGAGAGAAUUGGAGCAGAAGACUUGGACAUGAACGAGAGGGUAGGUGCCACAAUGACCAAAAUGGUGCCGUUGGAGGCCAUGUGCAGAGCUCGUCCCACCGUGGAUGGCUGCCUUCUUGACUGAGGACUAUUUAUUUCAAGUUUAUAAAAAUGUGUGCUUUGUAUUUUA